CCCCCCAUGGAGCCCGAGGCCCUAGAUUCCCGCAAGAGGCCCCUCGAAACGCCCCCCGAGGUGGUCUGCACCAAGCGCAGCAACACGGGAGAGGAAGGCGAAUACUUCCUGAAGGUGCUGAUUCCCAGCUACGCGGCGGGCUCCAUCAUCGGCAAGGGUGGCCAGACCAUCGUACAACUGCAGAAGGAGACAGGAGCCACCAUCAAGCUCUCCAAGUCCAAAGACUUCUACCCCGGAACCACAGAGCGGGUGUGCCUGGUACAAGGCACAGCAGAGGCCUUGAAUGCUGUGCACAGCUUUAUCGCCGAGAAGGUCCGAGAAAUCCCACAAGCGAUGACCAAGCCUGAAGUGGUCAACAUCCUUCAACCCCAAACCACAAUGAACCCCGACAGAGCCAAGCAGGCCAAGCUGAUCGUCCCCAACAGCACAGCGGGCCUGAUCAUAGGCAAGGGGGGCGCGACGGUGAAGGCCGUGAUGGAGCAGUCGGGCGCCUGGGUGCAGCUCUCCCAGAAGCCGGAGGGCAUCAACCUGCAGGAGCGCGUGGUCACGGUCAGCGGGGAGCCCGAGCAGGUGCACAAGGCUGUGAGCGCCAUCGUCCAGAAGGUGCAGGAAGACCCGCAGAGCAGCAGCUGCCUCAACAUCAGCUACGCCAACGUGGCGGGCCCCGUGGCCAACUCCAACCCCACCGGCUCUCCGUACGCCAGCCCCGCCGACGUGCUGCCCGCCGCGGCCGGGGCGGCCGGGGGCUUCCUGACCGCAGAGAAGUUGGCCGCCGAGAGUGCCAAGGAGCUGGUGGAGAUUGCGGUGCCUGAGAACCUGGUGGGAGCCAUCCUGGGCAAAGGGGGCAAGACGUUGGUGGAGUACCAGGAGCUCACGGGCGCCCGCAUCCAGAUCUCUAAGAAGGGCGAGUUCCUGCCAGGCACUCGGAACCGGCGGGUCACCAUCACGGGCAGCCCCGCGGCCACGCAAGCCGCCCAAUACCUCAUCAGCCAGCGGGUCACCUACGAGCAGGGGGUGAGGGCCUCAAACCCCCAGAAAGUGGGAUGA